AAUUUAAAUGUACAGUUUAAAGACUGGAACUUUCUUCAGAUUGCUUAUAGCACUUGGCAAACUAUUGGGGACAAACCUGAUCUAUAAUUCAUGAUGGAGAAAAGCUCGCGUGGUUGGGCCCGAUCCAUUCAUUAUGUAAUGGAGUUUAAAUCAGUUCCCUUUAAUGAAUAAACCUGUGGCGCCAGAUCGGCUGAGCAUUAAAGAUCAGGAGGAUUACCUUGACGCAAUCAUUUCCACGGGCUUUCCCGGAGUCAUCCAACGUCACUCCCCUCCUCUCUGGCACGUCGCUUCAGUUGGCCUCACCAACCUCCACAUGGCAGGUGUUUUCUCCUAUAACUAAUCCGCGCGAACGAUAAACUGAGUUUAAGUGAUCUUUUUUCGCUCUACUUGAGCGAGGGGAUGCCCUGCCUUCACUCCAAAGCGCCGGAGACCAUGGAGCCAGACGGUGCAUCUCCUGACACCGCCCGGGCGGAGAGGUCCUUCUGUGGGGAAACGGUGACCGAGCCGCCGAUGGUGAGGGGAAUGGGCUGGUUCUUCUCACCGCUGUGGAGCCCCCCCUCGAAGACGCGCGGCGAGAGGUUUGGAGACGGUCUGAAAAGCGACCAAGUGGAGGCAUGGCUGGAUGACCACUCCGACUUCACGAGGGAGUACUUUUUACGCAGAACUUCCGCGCUCAGUGGUGCACAGACUCCACUGCCCAGGUUUCCCAGGAGCAGCUCAGACCACUCCGACAUGCUCAGGGCGGCUCACCAUCGCAGAUCUUCCUCUCCACUGACCGACACACACUUGAACAUUUCAUCCCUGAUGGACAGGCUCAAACCCUUCGCCUCCAACCCCGACUGGGGGUAUCCCGUCAGUCCAGAUAUACUGGGCGGUCACUCCCCUUGCUCUCACCUCUCUCCUCGUUCGUCCCGCUUCUCCUUUUCUCCCUGCCGUCCUCUUUCUCCCGUUUUCUCCCCCGACUCGCCCCACUCUCCUCACCCGCUGUGUCCCACUGCUGCAAACGUUGCAGCGUGUGGCCAUGGGGAGUGUUGCCCAUGGUCGACGGAGCUCCUGAGAGGGGGUCUCGGUUGGAUGGGCUCUGUCGCAGAGCUCUGCCAGGGGGCUGUCCUGCACGCUGGGGAGCUGCUGACAGCCGAGUGUUGCUCCCUCUCUCUGGUAAAGAAAGACUGUGGUGGAAGGAACACCUUGGAGGAGGUGGUCGCCCCGACAGUGCCGGGGGGCUUGAGCGAGGUCAACCUCUGCGGCAAUGCGCACCUGGUGUUGGUGAAGGGUAUCAUGGGAUGUGUACUGGCUACAGGGUCACCAGUGAACCUGAGGGACGCAUCAGAGGACCCCAGAUUUGACUUCGAUGACGAUGAAUCGCCACAGAUCAGGACAGUUUUGAGUGUUCCCAUCAAGAACCACAGCGGAGAGGUGGUAGGUGUAGUUGUAAUGAUUAACAAGAGAAAUAGCUGCGAUGGAUCGGUUUCUGGUUUUACCAACAUGGAUGAAAAGGUGUUGUCAAAUCAUAUGGAUGUGUUGGGGAUGGUCCUGGAUAAUGUCCAGCUGUAUGAAAGCUCAAGACAAGAGGCCAAACGCAGUCAGGUCUUGAUAGAGAUGGCACAGGUAUUGUCAAAGGAGCACCGUUCCUUUGAAGUUCUGCUGAGUAAGAUGGCUGCCACCAUCAUGCCCUUCACACAUGCUCAGUACUGCACUAUCUUCAUCCCCAGUGAGAAAAGCUCAGUUGUGGAAGACCAGGUUUCAUUCUCCAGAGUGAUCCACCUGGAGUGUGAAGAGCUCGGAUCAACCUGCCAGAUCUACAGAAGGGAGCGUGACAUCAGAGAUGUAGACCCAUCACAUGCCGUUCGAACUCUGGUUUCCACGGAAAUACUCAAUAUAUCGGAGAUUUCUGAGGAAUCAAUGAAGAGUGUGAUCUGCUGCCCUGUCAGAAAUGAGAGGUCCGAAAAUGUCAUUGCGGUGUGCCAGCUGAAAAACAAGAGGAGCAGAGACUCGGAUGAGGUGGAAGCCUUUAACAGAUAUGAUGAGCGCCUGCUAGAGGACCUGGCGGUGUACUGCGGCCUGGCCCUGCAGUAUGCUCAGGCCAAGCAGAUCACCGAGGAGCGGAGGGCCAGUAUAGAAGUCACACAGGAGGUUCUUGCCUACCACAUCACCGCGGCGGAGCAGGAAAUCCAAGCCCUUCAGGAGGCUGCGAUUCCUACUGUUGAAUCGCUAAAACUCCGAGACUUCCAUUUCUCUGAUUUCGGUCUGCCAGACGACCUGACCUCCCAGGCUACCGUUCGCAUGUUCCUGGACCUCAAUUUGGUGCAGGAUUUUAACAUAAAUUACAAGAGUCUGUGCCAGUGGGUCCUGACUGUGAGACGUGGUUACAGGAACAACGUGCCUUAUCACAACUGGAACCAUGCGCUGAGCACUGCUCAAAGCAUGUUCGCUAUGCUCAUGGCCACAGACCAACUCCAGACCAUUUUUUCCCGUCUGGAGGUCUUAGCGCUGAUGAUCGCCACUCUGAGUCACGAUCUUGACCACAGAGGAGUCAGUAACUCGUACAUAGAAAGGAGCCAACAGCCUUUAGCUCAGCUCUACGGACACUCGUCUCUUGAAAACCACCACUACAACCUGUGCCUCUUCAUCCUAAACAACACAGGGAGUAAGAUUCUCAGCGGUCUCUCUGCAGAAGACCACAGAGCUGUCCUACACAUGAUCAAAAGGGCAAUCCUCGCAACCAACCUGACCGUCUACAUGGAGAGAAGGAAGGAGUUCUUUUCUCUCGCCAAGAAAAGCAGAGUGAGCUGGAAGAGUGAGAAACAAAGAGAUUUACUGAGGUCGAUGCUGAUGACAGCCAGUGACCUCUCUGCCAUCACAAAGCCUUGGCCGGAACAAAAAAGGAUUGCCAACCUGGUUACCAUGGAGUUCUUUGCACAAGGGGACAAAGAGAAAAAGGAGUUCAAAAUCAAACCCAUUGACAUAAUGAACAGAGAGAACAGCACUCGACUGCCAUACAUGCAAGUGGAAUACAUCGAUGACAUCUGCUAUCCACUCUACAAGGCUGUAUCGAGACUGUUUGACGCCUGCUCCCCACUGCUGAGUGGCUGUAAGAAGAACAGACAUAACUGGAUGCAUUUUGCUGAGACUGCAAAGAGAGAGGACUGUGAAAAUAGUUGUUGCGUAACCCUGGAAACACAUAAAAACACGGCGGAAGAGACGCAGGCAGACGAAUAGGGGACUGCACAGAGGAUGAAGACACAAAAGGCAUUUUAGCCACGUGCACCUGUUUGUUCUCCAUCCUCUCUUGGACACAACUUGACUAAAUAUCUGCAUAGUGCCCACACAUCAGUAGAUGUGUUUCAAUAUCUUCAAAGGACUGAAGGACAAGAAAAUUAUAAUUUCCAUUCUAUAUCUGCAUUUUUGUGUCAAUGCAGACCAUGUCAUGUAAUUACCGUAUACUGCAUACCCUAUCUAUCUGUAGAGUAUUUUGGGCUAUAGGCAUCAAAACUAUCCGUGGCUGCUCAGUAUAGUUAUGAUCUCACAAUGCCUAUUAUGGCAUGCAAUCCUGAAAGGUGUUUUUGUCACCCUGUAGUAACAGUGGUGUUUAUAAAGCAUUAUAAAUGA